AUGGAAGCAACUGUUUUAAGAAAUUACCAAAAAUUCGGAAUUCCUGAAGUAUUGGGCUAUAUUGAUGGCAAUCAGAAGCCAACACAACAUGAAGAACUUUAUGUAUAUAGAAAGGGUGAACACACCCUUAAUGCACAAAUGGUUUGUGACAGUUCCUUAAAAUUAUUAAACGUGUUUGCACGAUAUCCUGGUGCAACACACGAUUCCUUUAUAUGGAGGUUUAGUGCACUACAAAAGGUGAUGAUGAACCUUAAUGGUGAAGGUAAUGCUGGCUUCUAG